AUGAUUGGCGCCAUACAGGAGCAUAUCCAUUCUCUUAAUUUCGGCUACCGAUCGCUCAUGAUUUCCAAUAAGGUUACCUACUUGAACGCUCUCGGUGAAAUUAUCAAUCCGCACACGGUGAAGACCACCAGUAAGACGGGUGUUGUCAAAAAUAUCACUGCCAGGACCAUUGCUCUGGCAACAGGAGAGAGACCGCGCUACCCGUCAAUUCCUGGCGCCAAGGAGUUCGGUAUCACCAGGUACUGCAUGUUCAAACUUUGUACACCUGUCUCCCCACGCCUUACGAACUUGUAUUACCUAGUUCAUUCUUAUUGUUUCUUAUUGCUGCCAUUGGGGCCUCUUCAGGACCUCUAG